UUUUACCAUUGAUCUUAAAAAUAGUAGUAAAAGUAUCCUCUUUGCAUGUUGCCAGCCAUCUCUUUGUGACAGGAAAUCCUGUUUCCAUUUAAAUGGGGUGGGGGGAAAGCAGAAGUACAACACUGAGAUCUGGAAACAGCAGGGACAGAACAUGUGUGAAAGUGGUUUGGGAAAACCGAGACGAGUUUAUGACCGUCGCUUCUCCUUUUCUGCAACGCAGCCUAAAAUUGUGCAUGCUUGAGAGGGACGCGACAGGUGUGUUGAUGCAGGGGAACACUAAAGCUGUGCAAUGAUGUGGGCUGAGAGGCCAACAAAAUCAUAGUUACAAGUGCGGAGACUCAGGAUUGUCUUUGAGCCCCGAGUUUCCGAGUUGGGGGCGUGGCAGUAAGAAAACAUGGCGGAACCAAUGGAUGCAACGUCUGUAGUUGAUGGUAAAUUUGUUGAAAGCUAAUUUCCCGCACAAAAUACGAUAGAAUUGUACAAUUAAGAUAUAGUAUGUAACGCUAAACUUUACACUGGCUUCAUAACUUGAUUAAAAACAUAAAAAAGCUAAACGCACCUUGCUGUAUUUUUUUGUAGUUAAUUAAAAGAAAGUGCACCGCCAUCUUGCUCCGACUAAAGUGACUUGAACGCACCUGACGUCGUAAUUAUGACUUCCCAACUCGUAAAUACGAACUUCCCAGGAGACCUCGAACGCACAGUGAUACCCCACUGGAAGCCCCGCCCCCUUCCCAGAUCUCAUGUUAGUAACAUUUUAGCCAGAGCUCUUGUCUUGACCGGAUUUAACAUGUAAAUACCAGUUGAAAGAUGCGACCUCGCUUUCUGCCAAGGAGAAUAUUUCAAAUGGCGGUGUGGAUUCAGGCCCAGCAGCUGCAGGGUGACGCCCUGCACCAGAUGCAGUCUCUCUACGGACAGCAUUUCCCCAUAGAGGUGCGACACUACCUGUCCCAGUGGAUAGAGGGCCAACUCUGGGACUCUAUCGACCUGGAGAACCCGCAGGAGGAGUUUAAAGCCAAGCGCUUGCUGGACAGUCUAAUUCAAGAACUACAGAAAAAAGCAGAACAUCAAAUGGGAGAGGAUGGCUUUCUGCUCAAGAUCAAACUAGGCCACUACGCUUCACAGUUAAAGAGCACAUACGACCGAUGUCCGCUGGAGCUGGUGAGAUGCAUCAAACACAUUCUCUACACAGAGCAGAGACUCGUCAGGGAAGCUACUAAUUCAAGUUCUCCGUUGAGCGGGAUGAUGGACAGCAUGUCUCAGAAGUACCAGCAGAUAAACCAGGCGUUUGAGGAGCUGAGGAUCCUGACUCAGGACACAGAGAACGACUUGCGCAAGCUUCAACACAACCAGGAGUACUUCAUUAUACAGUAUCAGGAGAGUCUCCGAAUACAGGCUCAGCUUUCGAGUCUGGCCGCGCUGCCCCCCGCUGACAGACAGCUGCGAGAGCCGAGCCUGAUGAGCAAGAGAGCCACGGUUGAAGCCUGGCUCACCAGAGAAGCCAACACCCUGCAGAAAUACAGACUGGGCCUGGCAGAAAAGCACCAGAAAACACUGGCAUUGUUGCGGAAACAACAGACACUCAUACUCGACGAUGAGCUGAUCCAGUGGAAGAGACGUCAGCAGCUCGCCGGCAACGGAGGACCUCAUGAGGGAGGACUGGAUAUCCUGCAGUCAUGGUGUGAGAAGCUCGCAGAGACCAUUUGGCAGAAUCGGCAGCAGAUCAGGAGGGCGGAGCAUUUAAGACAGCAGCUGCCAAUCCCUGGGCCCAUAGAGGAACUUCUCAAUGAUCUCAACGGCACCAUCACUGAUAUCAUCUCGGCACUCGUCACCAGCACCUUCAUCAUAGAGAAGCAGCCACCUCAGGUGCUGAAGACUCAGACAAAGUUUGCGGCUACAGUGCGUUUGCUAGUGGGAGGAAAGCUCAACGUCCACAUGAACCCCCCUCAGGUGAAAGCCACCAUCAUCAGCGAGCAGCAGGCCAAGGCGCUGCUCAAAAACGAAAACACCCGGAAUGACAGCAGUGGAGAGAUUCUGAAUAAUAACUGUGUGAUGGAGUAUCACCAGACCACAGGCACCCUGAUUGCACACUUCAGGAACAUGUCUUUGAAGAGGAUCAAGCGUUCAGACCGCCGUGGGGCAGAGUCCGUAACCGAGGAGAAGUUCACCAUCUUGUUCGAGUCACAGUUUAGUGUCGGGGGCAACGAGCUGGUUUUUCAGGUCAAGACCCUGUCUCUGCCUGUCGUGGUGAUUGUCCACGGAAGUCAGGAUAACAAUGCCACAGCCACGGUUCUAUGGGACAAUGCUUUUGCUGAACCGGGCCGAGUCCCUUUCCUCGUUCCUGAUAAAGUGAUGUGGCCACAGCUGUGUGAGGCUCUCAAUAUGAAGUACAAGGCAGAGGUCCAGUCGAACCGAGGCCUGUCUGAGGAGAACCUGGUCUUCCUCGCUCAGAAGGCCUUCAGCAGCUCCAGCUCCAGCCCUGAGGAUUACCGGGGCAUGACCAUGACCUGGUCCCAGUUUAACAGAGAAAGCCUUCCAGGUAGAAACUUCACAUUCUGGCAGUGGUUUGACGGUGUCAUGGAGCUCACGAAAAAACACUUGAAGCCUCACUGGAAUGAUGGGGCGAUCUUGGGCUUCGUGAAUAAGCAGCAGGCUCAGGACAUGCUGAUGUCCAAACCUAACGGAACGUUCCUGUUGCGCUUCAGUGACUCUGAGAUAGGAGGAAUCACCAUCGCAUGGGUGGCGGAGAAUCCCAACAAAGCAGGCGAGAGAAUGGUGUGGAACCUCAUGCCCUACACAACCAAAGACUUCUCGAUUCGCUCUCUGGCUGAUCGCAUCAGUGACCUGAACCACCUGCUGUUCCUGUACCCCGACCGACCCAAAGACGAGGUCUUCUCCAAGUACUACACCCCUCCACUGUCGAAAGCAGUGGACGGCUACGUCAAACCGCAGAUCAAACAAGUGGUACCAGAGUUUACGACACCUAAUCCAGACCCAGCAGCAAAUCCAACCUACAUGGAUCACGCAGCAUCACCAGCUGUCAGUCACCCGCAAAACUAUGCCAUCUACCAACCAAUAUAGCCUUUAGGAAUGCCUUUGACAAAAGAAGAACGUAUUGAAAUCAUUCUCACGGCUGGAUCGGGAAGCUGUCGCAAGGUUGCGAUGGACAUGCAGUUACAUGCAUAACACCAGACGUAUUAGCACGAGUUCAUCAUGAGUAGGAGAGACGACUCCGUGUGUGUUUACAAAGAAAUGGCAAUCAUGUAGAGGAUGUUUUGUAAAUAAAGUUACAUUUUGUUAAAAUAGUGUUAAUUUCCCCUGUGUAUGGAGACUCUUGAGACACCCUGUAGAUAACUUUAACGAACCAUGAACGCCGACAUUCAGCAUAAAUAAUGUUAACAGAAAAAAAAAUCUGAAAAAAGGGUACUGAACUGUACUUUUCUUUGGGAUGGUAGAUUAAAGAGGAUGGUGACCCUGUAGGUUAGAACGUAUAGUGGACGUAAAAAGUCUACGUACACAACCUUGUUAAAAUGGUAGCUUUUUGUGAUGUUAAAAAAAAAGAAUCCAAGGUAAAUCCUGUCCGAACUUUUCCCAAUCUCAAAGACGACAUAUAUAAAAAAAAAUAAGCAAAAAUAAAAAACUUAGAGUAACCUGGUAGUAUAAGUGUGCACAGCCUUUUGUAAUUGGGGGCGUGGCUGUGUUCAGAAUGAACCAAUCACUUACGAUCUCAAGUUCAAAAGUAAUUACCAUACAGCUCUCAUCAAUGAAAUGUUUCUGAUUAACCCGAAAUAAAGAGCAGCUGAUUCUGUAGGAGUUUCUUGACAUCAUCUUGGUUUCAUCCGACUGCUGAAGCCAUGGUAUGUAUAAGCCAUGUACGGUAUCUCGGUUAUUGAAGGAUAUCGAUCAGGAGAGGGCUAAAAAAUCAUUUCCGGAAAAUCAGAUGUACUAUGGAGCAUCGUAAAGGUCAUCGUCAACAAACAGAGGAAAUGGAGCACCACAGUGACAUUGCCAAGAACGGGACAAGACAAAAACUUACCAGGGAGGCUGCCAAGAGACCUACUGCAACAUUAAAGGAGCUGCAGGAAUACCUGACAAGUACUGACAUAUCUCUCAUGGGCUAUGGGGUAGGGUGGCUAGACGAAAUCCCUUUCUCACAAAAACAUCCAAGCUCAACUUAAUCACCCCAAACCAUCCAUCCAUCCUUCCAUUUUCUUUACUGUUUAUCUUACAGAGAGUCGUGGGGAGCCUGAAACCUAUCCCAUGGAACUCCGGGCGCCUUAGCAGGGGAUACCCUGGAUGGGGUGCCAACCCAUGGCAGGGCAUAAUCGCGCACACACUCACACUCCCAUUCACACACUACAGACAAUUUAGAGAUGCCAGUCAGCCCACAACGCAUGUCUUUGUACUGGAGGAGUGAAUCGAAGUACCUGGAAGAAAAGCCCCGAAGCACAGGGAGGACAAUGAACAACUCCCUGCACACAGGGUGGAGGUAGGAUCACCCUAAACCAUGUAGGAAAAGGCAUUAUGGUCUGAUGAGACCAAUUCCAAAAGGUAUGUUUGGUGUAAAAAAAAGUACAUCACCAAAAGAAGCAUGGUGGUGGCAGCAUCAUGCUUUAGGGCUGCUAUACCCACGGUGACGCAUGGUGGUGGCAGCAUCAUGCUUUAGGGCUGCUAUACCCACGGUGGAGCAUGGUGGUGGCAGCAUCAUGCUUUAGGGCUGCUAUACCCACGGUGACGCAUGGUGGUGGCAGCAUCGUGCUUUAGGGCUGCUAUACCCACGGUGACGCAUGGUGGUGGCAGCAUCGUGCUUUAGGGCUGCUAUACCCACGGUGACGCAUGGUGGUGGCAGCAUCAUGCUUUAGGGCUGCUAUACCCACGGUGGAGCAUGGUGGUGGCGGCAUCGUGCUUUAGGGCUGCUAUACCCACGGUGACGCAUGGUGGUGGUGGCAUCAUGCUUUAGGGCUGCUAUACCCACGGUGAAGCAUGGUGGUGGUGGCGGCAUCAUGCUUUAGGGCUGCUAUACCCACGGUGGAGCAUCGUGGUGGUGGCAUCAUGCUUUAGGGCUGCUAUACCCACGGUGACGCAUGGUGGUGGCGGCAUCAUGCUUUAGGGCUGCUUUUUAUCAGCCAGAACUGUGGCAUUUAUCAAGGUGGAGGGAAUCAUAUGUAGCUACAAAUACCAGUCAGUUUUACUGUUUCAAUCUUCAGGUGUCUGCUAGUAAGCUGAAGAUGAAAAAGCUUUCAGCACAACAAUGACCAAAAACAUUCAUCCAAACCAACAAAGGAAUGGCUUAACCAAAAGAAGAUCGAUGUUUUUGAAUGGCCUUGCCCGAGCCCAGACCUGAAUCCACCUAAAAAUCUGUAGGGUGACCUGAAGCUCUACACAGGAGAUGCCCUCACAAUCUAGAAUGUUUUUGCAAGAAAACUGCCACGUCAAGAUACGCCACGCCGAUACGCCGAUAGACUCGUACCCAAAAAGACGGAGUGGUGUAAUAAAAUCAAAACCUGCUUCAACAAAGUGUUAGUUUAGGGGUGUGCACACUUACGCAGUAAACUAGGUUACUCUGGGUUUUAUUUAUUUAUUUAUUUCUCCUUAAGUUGCUGAUUGUUUUUCACUUUAUUUGUAUACUUUGUUGGGAAAGGUUCUGACAUGAAAAAAACAAAAACCUGCCAUUCUAACAGGGGUGUGUAGACUUUUUAUAUCCACUGUAUUAGCUUUUAAAAUACAUACUCUCUCUCUCGCUCUCUCGCUCUCUCGCUCUCUC